AUGUACACUCAAACCCUCUUCUCCCUGGUGGCAGCCGCCUCCACCGUCCUCGCCGCUCCCAGCCCGCGCCCACGCGUCAACCGCGCAGACCCGAAAUGCCCCAUCGUCUUCGACGGCCGCGUGCCCCUCAACACAGCGCCUACCUUCUUCGACACGUCCGCGACGAACACAAUCUUCAAUCCUGACUUCGUCAAAGGUAACGACCUGAAAUGGAGCCAGAUACUCAAAUUCCCCAACGACUCGUCCCGCUUCGACGGCAGCAAGUUCACCGCCGUCGAAGUGACGCUGUCGGACAAGUCCAUCUUCCAGAAGCAGAACGGCUUCCGACGCGCGGGCCUGCAGUUUAGCAAGGACGCGGCCGAUGGCGAGGGAGGCAAGGGCGUCAAGACGCUACACUGGAGCGUCAAGCAGGAUGCCGCGCGGCCGCUCAAUCUGACACACGAGUACCUCAACGUGUGGCACGAAGCCGCGGACUUCAGCAACAACCAGAUCCAGUUCCAAGCCGGGUCUAUCAUCGGCAAGUCCAACGCGGAUAAGAAUAACUUCAAGAUCCUGGACCGCAAUGGCAAUAGCCUUUACAGCGUCGCCAUCGACAAGAAGCAGUGGCAGAACUUUGCGCUCAAGCUGGAUUAUCUCAAGAACCAGGUUACCAUCUACUACUCCGCCGGCACCGCAGAACUCAAGUCCGUCGCUGGACCCAAGUCGGUCAAUCUCGCGGGCGGCGGCCAGUUCCAGCUCGGCAUACUCAAGAAGCCCACUGGCAGUUCCGACGUGGUCAAUACCGGCUACCAGAGCCCGAAUCUGAAUGAGGGCCAGAUUUACGGCGGCUUCUUCCUCGAGGAUAGCGCUGAUGGCUGCGUCAGCUUGUAG